AGAGAUUUCUUCCUCUCUACUUUUUUCGCCACCAUCUAUCUCUCUCUCUUCCUCUCUUGAAAAAGGUCGAGUAGAUUCCGAGUAUGUCCGGCGAAAACUGGAUUAGAGCGGCCAUGUCUGACGAUUCAUUGGUGGCAGAAGCGCUGCUUCGGCUCCGCCACUCGGAACCGCCACCACCGCAGAAGACGAGCGACGCGUCUCCUCUGAAGCUGAAAUGGAGCGUGCGUCAACGGAGGUCGAAAAAAGGAGACCAAACGCGAGCCAGUCCCACCACGCCUCUCUCCUGGAGCGGCGCCACGUCUAUAAGCGGCGGCGGCGGCGGUGCUACCACCGUGGAAUGUCUGGAGGAGUCCAGCGCCGCCGUAAAACAAUCCGAGACGUUUAGAUCUACGAUUUCUCAAACGAGUGCUGUAACAACAACAACAACUCUUUUCAAGAGAUCAAGAAAGAAAAAGACUUUGGCGGAGCUUAAAGAGGAGGAAAACAUGCUCUUGAUCGAAAGAAAAGGCCUGAAAAUUGAAUUGGCAAGCAUUCGUGACAUGGUGGAGCAACAAAGAAAAAGAAACAAUGCGCUAAAGAAGAUCAAGGCUGAAUCACAAUCUGUCUUAUCCUGCAAACGUGCUUUCGAACAAGGCUCCUCCUUCUUGCUCCCUGACCUUAACAUGCCACUAGAUACCGAUACGAGCCCUGAAGUUGUCUGCUGAACUACCAACCAUGAGCAUAUAUACAUAAUUCUUUUGUUUUUCCUAUCAUACAUCAAACAAACAACUCCACAUCCUGCCACAACCAUGUCUUUUAGCUGUAACUAUAUAUAUGAGUACGAGGAAGAUAGACUAAAAAUUUCAUAUAUAUCCUUACCCAUUAGGCCAUUUCCCGUUGCCGCUGAAGAAUAUUCGCCUCAAGGUGAGGUGAUCCGAGUUUAGGGUCAAGUGUUUUCUGACGAAUUUUCUUUGUUUAGCUGGUAGUAUGAUUUUUUGCUCUGCCAUUCAGAUUCUCCUUAGUGGUCGUUAUCUUUCUCCCAUUUUCAUAGGAUGAGAUGUAAUUAUCUACAUAGAUAACAUAUAUACACUUUUCUUCAUUUCUUAUUAUCUCUGCUGAGAUGUAUUGCAAAAGAUUACAUCGACCCUUUUUUUUAAUAUGUAAGACGUUCCAAAACUGUCAUUUGACUAAUGGAUUUAACUAUUUCAAAC